AUGGUCCAACCCGCAGGGGACGGCGUCCCACUCUUCUAUGCUUCAGCAGUGCUGUUGGCCCUAAGUUGGCUCACAUUCAUUACAAGGGUAGGAGUGCGGAUAUGGAGAAACGCCUUGGGUUUGGAUGACUACUCGAUGUUUAUAGGUCUCCUGCUCUUCACGGUUACAAGCAGCCUAUGUAUUGUCUGCUGCUUCUAUGGGUCCGGCCAGUUUGCUGCCGCCCUGAAGACUAGUGAUAUUAUGUAUGGAACCAAGCUCUUCUUCAUCGCCGAGUUCUUCUACGCCUCCGGCGCCGUCGUUAUCAAGUGCAGCAUCGCCAUAACUCUCCUCCGUAUUGCCGAAUCCCGCCGUAACUUUUUGUGGACUAUCUGGGGCAUCAUGAUCGUCACUGCCAUUUCUGCCGCCAUAUUCAUAAUUGGUAUCGCUAAUAUCUGUCAUCCGAUUACUACGUUAUGGGGUGAAACUACUACCGGUUCAUGCAAUCUCAAGCUGAACAGCGAUGUUAGCUUCUUCUUUUCUGCUAUUGAGAUUGCAACGGACUGGUCUUUGGCAAUCUUGCCUGCGGUCUUGUUGUGGAAUGUUCAGAUGAACAGUAGGGUCAAGUUCUCGGUGGCUGUAAUUCUUGGGCUGGCUGCUUUCAACCCCGCAGAAUUCAUGUUCAGCACCGGCAAAAUCGGCUUCUGGUCCGUAAUCGAAGAAGGCAUCGGUAUCAUCGCCGGCUCGCUUCCCGCUCUACGCCCUCUCCUCUCCCUCCCCUUCCUCGGCCGUAUCACCACCACUAAAUCCAGCGGCCCCGCUUCGGGCAGUAGAGGCAGCAGAUUGAAACAAUCGAGGAGUGGACAUCAGGUGUUAGGUUCGAAUGUUAAGAUGGAUAAUUUUCAGCAACUAGGAGAUAGGGAUAGGGAUGGGGAUAGCCAGAAACAUAUCUUGAAGGAAACGUAA